UUGCAAUGCUGGCAAGUAGUUGUAUUUGCGUUCGAUUUGUACUUUUUGGCAUUUGCUGCACAAAUUUUUAUUCAAUUUGAAUUACUCAAAGUUGCCCUACGAGAUUCUAAAGUGGAAAAUUACAAUCGCAACUUAAUUAAGGACAUUGUAGACCAACAUAAUGUAAUCAUUGAAUUUGUAAAAUCACUCGAUUCGUGGAUGUCAAAUUUAUUUUUGGCCAAAUACAUGGGAUUUAUGAUCCAAAUGAUCGGCGCCUUGUACAUGCUCACAAUCUACGGAUUGCCACCUUCUCUGAUGGACAUAAAAACUUAUGGCCUGCACUUCGUGACAGUGGUGCUAAUGACCUACAUGUACUGCUACGGCGGUGCCGUUAUUUAUGAUCAAAGUUUGAGUGUAGCCGAGGCGGCAUACUCCAUGAAAUGGGACGAAAAGGGACAGACGUCGCUACGUAAGGACGUGGCGUUCAUUAUUUUGAGGGCACAGAAGCCGGAACUUUUCACUGCUGGCUAUUUUCAUUUAAACAUGGAGGCAUUCGUCAGAGCAAUGCAAAAUGUGUUUUCGGUAUAUGGGCUUUUAGCAACAUUAGCUGCUGAUGAAAUAAUGGCUAAACAAAUAUCCAAAGAAAUUAUACGUAGUUAAUUAUUUACGCCACUUUUACUGAGUUUUUAUGCACUAAUGUAUUUUUUAAAUUGUUGUAUGAAGUUAGGUGGUUUUUAUGCACUAAUCAAUAAAGCAUUUACGACUA